CGGGGCUUGCUGUUCUUUCGUGUUCCCUUCUCCAAACCGAACAUCCUCCAUCAAAGCAUUUUCAUUGGCUAAGUACCGAAAUAAGAAUUUAAUGAACUUAAAAGUCUUAUUUUAAAGCAUAGUGUAAGUCGAUUGGCUGUAUGUUGAAGCUUCGCAGACUUACCAAACUUAGUUUAGAUUAGCUUGCUAGCUAAAACACGCUAACGCAUUCCGAUUGCUUUGUCUUAACGCCACUUCGGAUCUGUAAAGUUUCUUUUAAGAAAAAGUCGAUUCGGUUAACAUGAGAGUGAUUACAUUGCAUUGUACAAGACGCUUCUCGAUUUGUCUAGAAGAUGCGACAAAUAAUUAUUGCUGACUGAAGGCCAACUCAAUCUCAAACAUCAAGUCAAGGAGUAGAACGUGGAAAAUGAGGAGAGGAAAUCCAGGUCACGACGAACAACUGGAAAACAAAAUGGAGGUUCCCACGGUUGUCACUGUAGAAGAUCUUCACCCUGAGAAGCAUGAUCCCCUCCACGUUAAACAGGAGGAGGAGCCAGACAUGCCGUGGAUCAAACAGGAGGUGGAGCCAGAGACCCCUGAUAUUAAAGAAGAAAAACAGGAAGUUGAAAUCAUCAAGUUCCCAAUGGGUGUCAGUGUAAAGAGUGAAGAAGCCGAAGGUCCAAGCGAUGAGAGCGGAGCAGCGAAACCUUCGAGCGACAGCUCAUUUCAGCACCUGACAACAAAAGGAGAGGGACGAUCGCAACCGGACGGCCUCUUAGCUCCGCUUUCGGACAGCGACGACAUAACGUCACAUUCUUCUGACUUUAAUACUGAUGAGGAGGAUAAAGACUUUGACCCAAAUGCUUCAAAAUCCUUAGACAAGUCAUCAUUGAAAAGAGACGGAAAAGAAUGCGCGGUUGGGAAACCUUUUCUCUGCUCACUUUGUGAUAAAAUAUUUCCUUGGAAAUGCAAUUUAAAGGCACACAUGCGCACACACACUGGAGAGAAGCCUUUUAUCUGCACGUUUUGUGGUAAACGAUUCACUCAGAAGGAACAUUUAGUGUUACACACAAGAAACCACACUGGAGAGAAGCCUUUUCCCUGCUCACUUUGUGAUAAAACUUAUUCUUCGAAACAUCAUUUAAAAAGACACAUACGUACACACACCGGGGAGAAGCCUUUUGUCUGCACGUGUUGUGGUAAACGAUUCACUCAGAAGGGACAAUUGGUAUUGCACACAAGAAACCACACUGGAGAAAGGCCUUUUGCCUGCACACUUUGCGGUAAAAGAUUCACCGAGAAGGGAAUUUUAAAGAAACACACACGCACACACACUGAAGAAAAGCCUUAUACCUGCAUACAUUGUGAUAAAAAAUUCUUCAGGAAGGAAAAUUUAAACAUUCACACAAGAACACACACUGGAGAGAAGCCUUUUGCCUGCACACUUUGUGGUAAAAGAUUCACCGAGAAGGGAGGUUUAAACAUUCACACAAGAACACACACUGGAGAGAAGCCUUUUGCCUGCACACUUUGUGAUAAAAAAUACUUCACAAAGUCAAAAUUAAACAGUCACACGAGAACACACAGUGGAGAGAAGCCAUUUGCCUGCACACUUUGUGGUAAAAGAUUCACCCAUAAGGGAGUUUUAAACAAACACACAGGCACACACACUGGAGAGAAGCCUUUUGUGUGCACGUUUUGUGGUAAACGAUUCAGUCAGAAGGGACAUUUAAUAUCGCACACAAGAAACCACACUGGAGAAAGGCCUUUUGCAUGCACAGUUUGUGAUAAAAGAUUCAGUCGGAAGGGAAAUUUAUCAUCACACUUAAGAAACCACACUGGAGAGAAGCCUUUUGCCUGCACACUGUGCGAUAAAACAUUUUCUCGGAAGACUAAUUUAGAAAUACAUAAGCGCACACACUGAAAUACAUAAUGAUAUGAAAUGACAUAAAGAACCAAAUAAUUUUUCAGGUGCUGUUCUUUUUCACAACUAUCCAAUGUAUAUGGUGAAAAACACACAAGGCUGAAAAAGCAGUGUCUACUCUUGCACCCAAUAAAAUGCUGUACUUUAAGCCAAAAGAACUGUUCUGUUUGAUAGAACAACAUGUCUAUAUGCUGCUGUAGCAGUUUCACGGUGCAUUAUGUCCUCGGACUAUUUUUAAUUAGUCUGUUUUACCCUGGGGACCCCGUUAACAGACACUGAGCCACAGGUUUUGUUUCAUCCAUUCUUUUGUUUUGUUGCCGCUGCUGUGCUCGCUGUGGAUAGUCUUCUGUUGCGUUCGGGAAAUUAUGUCACACGAUAAACUAAGAUUCGGCCAGCACAUCAACCACAUCACCAGAACUGCCUUUUUCCACCUCAAGAACAUCGACAGUCUUCGUGAAACGCUCAUCCAUGCCUUCAUCAUUUCCAGACUUGACUACUGUAACAGCAUUCUUUUGGGUUCUCCAUCUCAACUCAAUAAACUACAAUAUAUCCAAAAGUCCGCUUCACGCCUUCUCAUCCGGACCCCCUAUAGGAAGCAGAUUUAGUGACAGACUUUAGAUGGCUAUCAAAUUUUAGGUCUGUGUCAAUAAUUAUGCCAAGAUUUCUGACUUGAUUUAGAACCGAAUAGCCCUUUAUUGUCAUUAUACGUUUGUACAAUGAAAUUGUGGAGCAUCUCCCUUUAAAGUGCAGGACAAGUAAAAAAAAAUCUCGAAAGUGGCUUGUAAGAAUAAAGUAUAAAAUCUAAAUAAGUAUAAAAUAGGCAUGAGGUUAUUUGAGGUGAUUUGGAGCUGGUUGUGCUAAGAUGCGAUGUUUAACAGGUUCGCAAACAUUUAUAGAA